UUGAGGCUGAUCCAAAAUCAAAAAGCCUCGUCUUGGUGACUGGAGGAGAGGGGUGUGGCUCAUUCAUAGCAGAGGCGUAUCAUCACCAAAGUUCAUUCUGUCUGCCAGUCUGAUCCGUCAGGACACAGGCAGGAUUAUCAUCUGUAAAGGCUUCCGUCUACUGAAUGGUCUGCAUUCAUCUCAAAAUGGCUGUUGGGAUUAUCUUAGUUGUUCUGCUGUAUGUUAUUUCAGUAGUUUCAUCAACACACCCGAAGAAGAAAACCGUCGUUGGAAUCAUCGGACAGCCCGUCCUUCUGCCCUGUGGUCGCUCCAAAUUGGCAACUCCCAACUACCCAACAAAAACCCGAAUAUACUGGCAAGAUUUAAUCCCCAGAGUGCUGCAUGUUUUCAAAGAUGGAAACGAGGAGUAUGACCACCAACACCCUUUGUACAACAACAGAACAACAAUUAACACAGAUCAGUUGGCUUCUGGAAAUCUGUCACUCCUGCUCAACCCAGUCAAUGUCCGAGACAAUCGCCUGACCUGCGAUGUUAUUCUAAUAAUCAAUGGCGCAACAUCAAAAGAGUGCCAAAUCACUGUCAAUGUAACAGCGAGUUACCAAAAGCCCAAGCUGACAUUAAACGUCACAGACAUGACGCUUGUGUGCAGCACCCACGGAGGCUUCCCUGAAUACCAGGUGACAUGGAGGACCCAUAACCGUACUCUGGAGCCUCAGGAGGCUGUCAACAAGACUACCCAGGAUCCUGGAACAGGAACGUACAACAUCAGUAGUCGAGUGAAUGUGACAGAGGGACAACAUAUAACCUGCAGUAUCUACAACCCCAUCCUCAAUGAGACCCAGAGUGACUUUAUCGUCAUACAAGCCUCCAAAGAGGGAAGCCAUUUACUGAAAUUUAUCCUGCCGGCAGUUUGUCUAUUGGUCACAUUGUUGAUUGCGGUCUUUCUCUGUUUAAAAUACCCCAACUUCAGGAAGCCAUGGAGGAAGAUGAUCCAUUGCUGUCCUGAACCUGAACCUGAAAACACUGCAGAAGAACCAGAAAUUGCAGAAUUGAAUCCACAACAGUAGAAAUCAACUCCCAGAAUCCUCCAGUGGUGAGGAAGACGACAAGUUACUGCGUUGCUGGUGCAUACGGCUGGACAAAACGAGGACAUUGGUACUGUAAAACAAUUGAGAGCCGUACUGCUACCAGUAAUCUUCCAUUGAAGCUGAUAUGUGAUGCCAGUGAUCGAGGUCCAAUAUCCAGCGUUUAGGUCCAGGUGUUUAUACAAAAUAAUUGACUAAAUGUAAGGAGAGAUCAAAUUGAGAUGCUAAGAUAUAUGAAACACUUGAAGAAAUGAACCCAGACACAGAUACAGUCAAUAUCAAACUGGAGACACAAAAGGUGUUGUUGAACAGUGAACCUGUCACUGAAUCUGAAUGUGUUGCGUUAUAAUGAAAGUGGUUUUGUCAUAAUGUGUUUUAGUAUUGUCUAUAUGUCCCAACAUAUCACAGACAAUGAAGAAAGAAACAAUCACACCUCAUUCAAACUUAGACAGGUAUGGAUAGAGAUCACAGGAGGUUGGUGGCACCUUUUAUUGGGGAGGACGGCCUCGUGGUAAUGGCUGGAGCGGAA